AUGUGUGCUCUCUGUAUAUUGCAAAGUGGUUGUCUUCCUGUGGUGUGUGUGUGCGCGCGAGGGACGUACCAGGCUUUAACUGUGACAGUGCUAAAACAGGGAUCCAAUCAGGCGAUACGCUUCUACGUGAUGAACUCUCUACGGAACUGGUACAAAGGUGAGACGGGUUAGAGGUCAAAGGUUCAGGUGAGACAGACAUGUGUUAGAGGUCAUGUUAACUUCACAAAAAGUUGGUUCCACGUCAUAAUAGCCCAGUGUCGUGUCCGGUGUUUGACUAAACCGUUUUUUUGUAACAAAUAAGAUAAGAAAAACUGAACUGGCCCAAACUAAUUUGCACUUAAUAAGUCUUAGUCACUUCCUGUCUCUGGACCAAUCACCAUCUCUGGUACGACACCAGUCAUAGCUCAGAACCUGACGGAGGGUGGAGGUCAGUUUGACUCCAGUCUGACCCCAGGGCGUGCAUUUCCUAGGAGACGACCUCCGGCGGGAGAUGCACCCUAUUGUCACGGUGAUGCUCAGGACGACGUGCAGAGCUGCUAGGGUGUUUGGAAACACUCUUCUGGACGUGGUCAAGACCAGGAUGCAGGUACACAUCGAAGCACUGUGUGUGUGUUUAGGAAUUUGUAGGAUUUACAGGUGUGUGAGAUACAGAAGAAGCUUGAUAAUGCAAGCUAGCCACCUAACGUUAGCAAACCAAAUGCAUAGCUGGAGCCCUGAGUUGGAGAAAAUGUAUUUGGCACAUCUUAGAUAGUCAACUAAUAGUUACACGAUAUUUAGCAGGCAAACAGUAGUAGUGAAUUUCAAGUGUAACUUGAUCACCUCUAGUGCUGCUCAACAGUGUAUCUUCGCGUCACGUUUGUUCCAUGUGCUUUUUGUAAAACAAUCAAACCAUGUGACUGGCUCAAUUGAAUUUUUGUGAAUUUUAAAAAAAGAACACCUUCGGUACUUCAAAAUGCCCCAGUUUACCACCCAAACCUAAUGCAGUGGUUGGAGGUCCACCGGUACAGCAGCACGAUGGACUGUGCCUUCCAGAUCCUCAAGAACGAAGGACCACAGCUGUGAGUAACUCUAUGCUACACUCCCUCUCUCCAUUGCUCUUCCUCCACUCUCUUUGUCGCUUAGAUAUGGUCAUCGUCUAACCCUCUCACCCUCUCUGUGUGUGUGCGUGUGUGGGGCUAGGUUCUAUAAGGGUACGGUGCUGAGGCUAGGCAGGGUGUGUCUAGAUGUGGUUAUCGUGUUUGUCAUCUAUGAAGAGGUGGUCAAACUACUCAAAGUCUGA